AUGACAAGCACAAACAUGGCAGGCUCGGAGGAUGAGUCCGAGUGGGAGUACGAGUACGACGAUAACGCAACCGACGACUUUUACUUGACUCUGGAUUUGACCACACACAUCCCGCCAGCACUCGCCAGGGAUAGACGUUCAAAGGCGCAAAAGUCAACUACACGCGGUUCGAACAAGAGUCUUGCGAACGCACCGGGUACCGGUAACGCUGAAUCUGGCGCGAAAGACGGCGCAGGUCAGAACGAUGAUGAAAAAGAUACCACCGUCGAGCGCAUGCAGAUUGUUGGUCUUCACGACAGGAACCCCAUCAUCUCAUACAACAACGCAAUUUACUCAUGUCAAUGGGCUACAGACCUGGCCACUCAGAUCUUUCUCACCCCUCCACCGACCGACUUCGAUCCCGACCACGUAGCAAUACGCUCCACUCCCUCGUUCGACGUCCUAGGUACAAGCGCUGCCCGAGUUGUCGCUAUACCUGCCAGUAUCCAACCUCGAGAGACUGCUCUUCCAAAUGCCACGAAAGCCAUAUUCGCAGGUCCAGAAACAUCCUACACCACAGCUGAAGGCGAUGUGAUCGAGCACAGCACAACCAAAGGCCUGCGCAUCGGCUUACCAUCCACCGCCAGCGCUCAGCGAACAAGCCAAGCAAAGUUCCUCGAAACACUGUCAGCUAUCAAAGCUCGUCGCGGCGACGAAGACGCUGUGCCAGUUACGAACAUCAAAGUCUACCAUGCACCCGAGGGCUGGGAGGAAGAGCGCUCGGACUACAUUGAAAAGGAGAGCGCGAGAAGCAAAAGAGACAAGGCUGAGGCUGCUGCACGUGCGAAGAAGGAGAAGGCAGAACAGACGGCUCGUCUUACCCGACUGAACAGACGCCCUGCCUAUGCUCGCGCUAAUACCGAUGAGCUGGUCGAGGAAGAAGGCAGCGGUGAAGAAGAGGACGACGACGGCACUAAGAAGGACGAGGACGGAAACAAGCUGGUCACACGCAAGAGAAGGACUUUGGCAAGAGGCGGCAGUCGUGGAGGUGCUCCCAGUGGAAAGAGGCUGCGCCAGAGCUUAGGUCUACCUGAAGCAAGACGCGACUCAAGACCUAAACCCCGUCCACGAAAGAAGAGGAAGCUGGCCGCAGUCGUUGAAGAGGUGGUUGAAGAUGCCAACGAGGAUACCGCUGCCGAAGGAGCAGCCUCUGCUGCAGGGCCUAGUCAAGAUGGUGCAAGCACACAGGCUGAAGCCGAACAGGAGGAUACCACUAUGGCUGAAACCAGUGGCACACAAGAUGCUGAUGACGGUGCGGUACAGAACGCUGAAGGCAGCGCUACACAAGAAGUCGAUGGUUGA